AUGUCGAAGUCUAAGAACCACACCGCUCACAACCAAACCAAGAAGGCUCACAGAAAUGGUAUCAAGAAGCCAAGAACCCACAAGUACCCAUCUUUGAAGGGUGUCGACUCCAAGUUCAGAAGAAACCACAAGUACGCUUUGCACGGUACCGCUAGGGUCUUGGCUGCUGAACGUAAGAAUAAGAACUAA